AUGCCCUUAUCGCAAAUAGAGAAGAGCGUCACUCACUUGCUAGUUGCCACGAAACAGCUUCUCGAGACUCUCACACAAUGGUCGCGCGGCCAAGCCACCGACGGCCAGGUGUCCGACGUCUACGUGAGACUGGGAUACGAGUUCAACAUGGCCUGCCGGGCAUUCACAGCUAUCAACGUGGACACCUCCGAUCUGGGCAAUGUUCCCGAACUGCUGCGAAGUAUUCUAGAGGCUACUCUUAGUCAAGAAGCAAGCACCGAGAGCUUGGAGAAAUAUCUCCCACGUAUUCGCGACAUUAUAAUCAACUUGCUUCACGGCCUCAAGCGGAAGCAGCAGAAGCUGAGACAGAAGGGACCGAGAGAUAGGGAAAGUGGCGGUUCGGGGGGAGCCCCGGAGCGGACAACGAGCACGAGUACCAUCGGUAGCACGAAUACUGGCCUAACGAAUCUGCUCGAGGAGGGUAUACAGAAUGGCUAUCGGCCAGAUGCGCAGAGGGAAUCGUCACAGUCAGCUGGCGCACCUGCUACGUCUCCAAACCGUCGCUACAUGCCCCCUCGAGAUCAGUCUCGCGGUUCCGUCAACUCAGAGCAGUCGUCCAUGUCCAGCGGAACAAUGCAGAACAUCCCCGUCAUGCCGCCAUACCCCGGAGACGAGACGUCGAUGCCCUCUCAGCCGUCUAACGAGAUCAACGUUGACUCUUUCCCGCCGCCCCCACCACCUCCAAAGCAGCAGUCGAGCGCGUUCGCUGCCCUGCAGAAGGGAGGUGACUUGGAGAGAAGGGCGUCUCGUCGAUACUCGCAGUACCAGAUCUCGAAGCAUCUGGGCGGCGCUGUGAACGGCAUGCCUAUGCUGCCGUCGCAAAACUCGCCGAUACCCAACCGAGGCCGAGGCGAGGUGAGAGAGUCUCUCCGUGCGGUUCAGACACGGGAGACUCUUCGUCAAAAUCGCGCAUCGAAACAGCCUCCAGCAGACUCGUCGCCCGCUCCAAGUCGGGGUGCCGAGGAAUCAGCAGAGACAUCUACAGCUAGGCCGGAGAGUCCUACGAUUCAGACCCCCGAAGACAAGUAUCCCAAACCUAGUGCUACCAUCAAUGGGCCUCUCAGCGACGACCUUCCCAUCAUGUCUCCUGAUGAUGACGAGCCCGCGCAAAAGCCGCUGCCACCGGUGAAAGACGAGCCGAGAUCGCCGCAAGUCAGAACACCCGAGAAGAAGCGAGACGCAACCUUCCUUUCAGAGCAAUCCCCGCCAUUGACGAAAGAUUUGACUCUGUUCUUGCAGUACAAGUCAAAAGUCAAGAAGUUUGUUCUGCCGGAGGGCUACAGCGAGCUUUCUCUGGGCCGUCUCCAGCUAGCUUUCAUCGAGAAGUUCUCUUGGAACACCCAGGCUAACGGUGCCGAUUUGCCUGAAAUUUAUAUCCAAGAUCCCGUUUCAGGGGUAAGGCAUGAGCUGGAGGACCUAUCAGACAUCAAGGACCGUACCGUUCUUGUCCUUAACGUCGAGGCCCUGGAUGAGGUCAAGCGCCACAUCGAUGAUGGCAUUGGCCAACUUAAGAAGAUCGUACAGGAUGUUAAGCAGAAUGUGGAUGACCAAGGAUUGGCGAUCCAACGAGUUUCGGACCGCCAGCAAGAAACCGCCACGGAAAUGGCUAGAUUGGCAGCAAUGCCCCCUGUGGUCGCUGCACCAGCCGACGGAGCUGGUGCGGCCGCUGUUGGAGGCGGCCGCAAGCUCGCUGGCACCCAUUUGACUGAGAUUCAGAGCCUCCGCCGUGACCUCGCGGUCAUGCGACAAGCCUACUCCAAGUUCCAGUCAGAGAUCCAGGGCUCUAUGUCCCUUAUCCGCAACAAGGCGAGCAACGUCAAGUCCGCAGUAGUCAAGGCCUCGGUUCCCACUAUCGAGGGCGAGACCGGCCACGCCUACGUCACCAAGGGCCGGGAGCAACUCAACGCGGACUCCGACCGACUCGUCGCUAGGGUCGACGAUCUUCAGGACUUGGUGGAAGAUCUUCGAAAGGAUGUGGUUCUCCGUGGUGUGCGACCGCUGCCUAGGCAACUGGAGGGCGUCGCCAAGGACAUCACGAAGCUUUCGAAGGAGCUUAAGAAGGUGGAGGACUACAUGAAGGAGGAGAAGCCCAUCUGGACCAAGAUCUGGGAGAAGGAGCUUGAGGAGGUGUGCAAGGGCCGUGAUGAGCUGCGCCUUAUGGAGGACCUCAUGGUCGAUCUGCAGGACGAUUUGGAAAAGGCCUCGGAAACGUUUGCGCUGGUCGAGCAGGCCACCAAGGAACAGAUGAAAGAUAACGGCAGCAGCGCCAGCGCUGGUACUGCUCGCAACUUUUCCAAGGGCUUAAACAACCUGGGAAACAGCCUUGACCAGAACGCCGCGAAGGAUGGCGUUCUGGGAGAGGUCAGGGCGCUACAGCCUAAUCACGAAAAUCGAUUGGAGGCUAUCGAGAGGGCAGAGAAGCUCAGGCAAAAGGAGCUUGCGGGCCGCAAGGGCAACGAACUGCAGAGAGAACUUGCGAAUUUCGUCGAGGAGGGCAAGCUGAAGAAAUCAGGCGGCUUUGAAGAGGUCGAGAGGGCCCGCUUGGCGAAGGACGAAAGAAUCAGGAAGGAAGUGUGGGAAAGACAGAACGGCAUCAUCGCCGAAGGAGAAGAAGAGGAGGAGGGUGUCGAGUACGAGUACGAAGAAGUGGAAGAAGAGGAAGAGGAAGAAGCAGGUGCCGCCGCCGACGCUGCCGCACCAGAUGGAGAGAAGUCGCCGCCACCACCACCGGCAGCAUAA